UUCCAACCCUAAUCCUCUGGCUCCCACGGUGCCUCCGUCCAUAAUGCGUAUAUAUAAAUAGCCGAUGGAAGCUCCCGUUGCGUCGACGUACGAGAAAGAAGCUAAGAAGAAGAAGAAGAGAGAGCCAUGAUCUCUUGGUCCAAUCUUUACCGCGUGGCGGAGGCCAUGGCGCCCCUGUACGCCGCCAUGGCGCUCGGCUACGCCUCCGUCAAGGCCAAGGCCUUCACGGCGGAGCAGUGCGCCGGGAUCAACCACUUCGUCGCCGUCUUCGCCUGCCCGCUCCUCAUCUUCCGCAUGCUCGCCUCCAACGACCCCUACGCCAUGAACCUCCGCUUCCUCGCCGCCGACACCCUCCAGAAACUGCUCGCGCUGGCCGGCAUCGCGGCCUGGGCCCGCCUCGCCCGGAGAGGGAACUCCCUCCCGUGGGCCGUCACCCUUUUCUCCCUCCUCACCCUCCCCAACACCGUCAUCAUGGGCGUGCCCGUGCUCAGGGGCAUGUACGGCGCCAUGUCGGAGACCUUGAUGGUGCAGAUCGUCGUCCUCCAGUUCGCCCUCUGGUACAUCGUCGUCGUGUUCUUGUUGGAGUACAACAAGGCGACGAACGCCGCCGCGGCGGACGUCGAAGCACAGAACAGCGCUGCUGCUAAUGCCGAUGCUUCGUCAUCGGAAACGGCGAGGGAGCCGCCGCCGGCGUCGCGGAUUCUAGCGACGGCGGUGAAGAAGAUUCUCAAGCUUCCCAACACGUACGGCAGUGUCCUAGGCUUCAUCUGGUCCCUCAUCGCCUUCAGAUUCGACAUCAGAUUGCCGGCGAUCAUCGACAACUCGUUGUCGAUCCUCUCUGUGUCAGCCGUCGGCUUAGCCAUGUUCAGCGUCGGGACUUUCAUGGCUCGACGGAAAAGAUUCAUUUCGUGCGGAUACAAGCUCGCGCUCGGUGCCAUGGUCGCGAGGUUCGUGUUGGGCCCCGCCGCGAUGGUGGCGGCGUCUCUCGCCGUCGGGCUUCGCGGUGUGCUGCUGCGGGUGGGCAUCGUACAGGCAGCUCUUCCUCUUGCGGUGCUUUCGUUCGUUUACGCAGAAGAAUACAACGUUCAUCCAGACAUCAUGAGCACAGGGGUGAUUGUGGGCAUCUUCCUUUCGGUUCCGAUCACGCUGCUCUACUACGUUGUGUUAGACCUGUGAAUUAUAAGGGGAAAGUGAGCGUGGAAAAGCUCCCAUACAGCGAAUUACGCAAACAGGCAUGCAUUCAUUGUCUGUGGCAGGGAAGACAGCAAUGCACGGAGAGGAAGACCUUCCAGAAUAAGUUGGAGUAGAUGAAGGAGGCUGAUCUGUUUGCCAUCGGUAGAAAAUUUUAGAUUUAUUAACUUUUAAUUGGAGUGUGAUUGAGUGACAUUUAUAUAAAUUAACAUUUUGAUUUAUAAAGUUUUGCGGGUAUAUAUGUGCCUGGUUCUCAU